UAACGCAGUGAAUCACAACAUCGAAGCAGGGAAUGAAUUGCAUAAUUCUGGUGCAAAUGGCUCUUCGUCAACGCUCGGAUUAUUUCCAUAUUCAACUACGUAUGAUUGGUCAUGUACACCGCUCUACGUGGUAGGAGGGAUAGAAUAAAUCUAGAAAGAGAAUUUUGAAAGAGAAUUGUCGCGUUCUUUCGAUCAGUCAUAUCUCUUCUGCACACGGUACAUGUGCAACAGUUUUAAUUUAUAUUCUCCGGCAUUAAAAAAAUUUAGUAAAGAAUUUAGUGAAAGUGAAAACGUGAAUUUUAUACGUUGCAUGAUCAAACAAAAAUACCGAAACCAUUCGUUAAAAUAUUAAAAACACUAAAACUGUUUAUUAAAAUAUUGCAAGAAAAACAAAAACUCUUAUCCAUUUUCGUUCAAAAUUCGGAUUACCUAAGAUGUCGUCUAUUUUGAUUGACAAUCAAAAUUGAAUUUCAAAGUGUGUGUCAACAUCGUCUAAUUCCAAUAAAUGAGAGCACAUCGAUCAAUAAAGAUGGAAACGAUCAGAAAAUCGGACGAACCUCAUUGGAUAUUUAGCACCAGGCAGCUCUUAGCGACGCUAAGCCCGCUACUAGCAGCGUUCCUGAUCGGUUUAACAAAUGGUUCUCACACCGUUCUUUUGACACAACUUAUUCCUACAUCUACAACAGACACGAACAACCACGAGAUCUGGAUAACCAGCAACGAUGAUUGGUAUCAAUCGCCGUUUUCUGGCGCCGUGUUUGCUAUCCUAGGCUGUUACUUGUCAGGAAUCGCCAUGGAAAAGCUAGGCAGAAAGAAAUCCACGAUGGUAAUUUUUCAAAUAUCUUUAAUCGGAUGGAUCGUCAUUGGGUUUGCAAGGAAUAUUCUGUACAUCAAGAUUGGAACAACAAUCUGCAGCUUAAGUGUUGGUCUCUUUAGUCCCCUAAUACCAGUUUACAUCGGUGAAAUAACAGAUCCUUCGUUAAGAAGCCUGUUCUUAAGUAUGAUAAACACGAUAAUGACAUUUGGUGUUCUAAUGGCCGUGACUUUUGGCUCUUUUCUUCACUGGAGAAUUGUCAUUUACAUCUGUGAGGCAUGUUUAUUGAUAUGUUGGUCGGCCUGUGUUAUAUCUCAAGAAAGUCCAAUCUGGUUGAUGAACAGAGAUCGAAAGAAAGAGGCACUGUAUCAUUGGGUCCAUCUUCGAGGAUGGAAAUCAGAAGGAGAAUAUCGUGCCAUGGAAACAGCUGUAAGAAGAAAUGUCGAGCAAAGUAAAUUCGUUGGUUCUACGAUCAUUUCCAGAUUGAAGUACGAUCUGUGUUCGAAAGACUUCUUGUGGCCUCUGUCCGUGUCGAGUAUGUUGUUCUUCGUGUAUUACUUCUCUGGAUACAAAUUAGUGAAAUACCAUAUGCUUGAUAUUAUCUCAACGACUGUUCAGUCUCGCAGCCUCGUUGCUGAAAUAGUUAUAACGUCGAUUAUCUUUGUUACGGAUAUCGCUGCUUGUUUUUUUGUAUGGAAGUGCAACAGGAGAACGUUGGCCAUAAUUUCUGUAAUGGGCACGAUCUCUUCUCUAUUUGUAUUGAUUCUUUACGUGUACCUUAAUCUUGAAGUAUCGUGGCUGAUUAUUACUUGUUGCUUGUGCUACUAUGUAUUUUUUGGAAUCGGUCUGAUACAUUUGCCAUGGAUAUACUGCGGAGAAUUGUUCCCUAGUAAAUUAAGGAGCUCCGGCAGUAGUAUCGUUCUUGGAUUUUCCUACAUUUGUUCUAUAGUGGACACGAUACUAGCACCAGAAUCGAUCAUACCGCUGGAAAUGCAGGAGCUUUGUAUAAUUUAUUUUACCUUGAUGCUGGUCGGGAGUAGCUUCUUGGUCUGGAAACUACCGGAAACAAAGGAUAAGACUUUGUUGGAGAUUGAAAGGAUGUUUGACAACGAAUCGGACGACAACAAUGUGAAUCUGAAUGUUAUGAUGAUCUGAACAAACAAACAUCCUUUGUUCUUGUGAUCGUCGAUAUCUGACGUUGGAUCAUGUUACACUACUCGGCGGUCUCUGCGGGUCAUCGAGCUUCGUGAUGCAUCGGAGGAACCUCUCCUGCUGGUGCUUUUUUUUUUACUAUAGACUGUUUUCUGUAUUGAUUUUUAUAUGGUCGAGCGAUAAGAUUUUGCGAGAGUUAGUUGAGGUUAACAAAUAAACUCUGAAUGUUUAUGCAAUUAUGGUAAGCGUAAAGAUAUGAGAAUGUGUAAAGAUAAGCAUAAAUGCUUAAUAAUCGAGUGAAGUGUGACAGAACAUAAAUAUGGCACGUGUUUAGUAUAUACAUGCUGAUAUUCUCCUUGUAAUUGACGCUAUCUGACGCAUUUGAUCACUCGAGUAUACAUAUUUACAUGUAUAUGUGUAUUCGAAUGAUUGUAUCAGCGGUAAUACUAAAACAGUGUCGGGUAAACAUAAUUUUUUGCUGUCAAUAUCUUGAAUAAGAUGUUAAUUAUGAAAGAAUAUUAAUUGAAAUAAUUGAAUCUGUUGAACUUGUUGAAUAUGUGUAAUAGAUACGACUGAAGUAACGUAAUCGAUAGAAUUAUAUCACAUCACAACUAUAUACAUCGCUAGACUGUAAUGCUAAAUCUUUUAGUAUUUAAUUCCUAAUUGAUGUAGAAUCAUCAAGAACUAUAAUACAAAUCUUGAAAGAAAUCGCAAUGGUAAAAUACUUGAGAGGAAAGACAAUCCUCUACCCAUACACUUUGAAAACUGACACGUUAAUAGUUGCAAUUCUAUUCUCAAUUAACUGAAUUACAUUUUGGCAAGUUUUUUGAGAAAGGAAUUAAACUUGACUUUAAUAUUGUACAAAUUAUAUAACAAGUUAAUAAUUCUUUUCUUGACUUUAAUUAUUCGUGCAUGUUACUACAUGUACCAUAAUCGUAAUGAAAUUACUUCAUAAUGCAUCGAAAAUUUUGUAUAAUCGAUCUUUCUUACAAAUGAAUUCUGCUGCAGUCGACUAAUUUUUCUUUGAUAAAAUCAUCGUUGUUCGGAAAAUUAUGCACAUUAACGUGAUGCUGAUUUUCUUUGUUCGUAAUGUAAUGAAUUUUUUUAACGACAAAGAAACAUGGCAAAAAGUAUAACAACGUCAAUCUUGAUUUCUUUUGUUUAGAAGAUUUUAUCGAGAAGAUAUCCUUUAUUUAGUAUUCUUUUCCGCUGCAAAAAUUGUUAAUAAUUUCUCUAAAUGUAGUUAAGAACUCGUAAUAUAUUUAGAGGUCAUCCGAGAGUAAUAAAGGUCAGAUUAAAAAUUUCGUCGAUUUUCUCAUUUGUAGUUUUAUUAGAACGCAACGUUCUAUUCUUUACUCUGUUUCACUUGGUUUUCAGCAACCUCAAAUACACGCGCUAUUAGAGGCACGCGAACUGGUCAUUAUCAUCGAAACUUUAUUUGCUUCUCGACAAGGAAUCCUCGCUAGAUCCUUAUCUUUUUUUCUUAAUGAAGCUUCUCUUUGUUCCGUCCUUGUUUUUGACAAAGUUUCAUUAAAAAUAGAUUGCUCCUUUUUAUACAGAAUAUUUAUAAUCGUGUUAUUUCACUUAAUGUUUUUUGCAUGAAAGGAUUAUUUCAUUUUAUUAUGUAAAAGAAAUUUCAUCGAGGUCAAGUGUUUAAUAACUAGAUAAAAUGUAAGAAUGACAAACAGCAAAAUAAAUAUCAAUAUUAUGAAUCAAUGUAAUAAUUCAUAAUUAAAAUAAGACAUUCUGUAUGCCAAAUGGAUCGCAAAAUGUCCAAGCCUAACUUUCUUACCAUUCUUGACUUAUAAAUAAUCUGAAAGAAUUUUUUUAUCCUUAUUAAUAUUUAACAAUCCUAUUAUAUUACACAAUCAUUUGUUAGGUCCAAUAAAAUUGGAAAUUUUCUUUAAUAAAAAUAAAAAUUUGAAGCAAAAAGAGAAAUUUUACUUGAUUCGUCGAUAAUCUAGUUUGUCUACGGGCGAUUAAUUAUUUAUAAAUUUUGUAAUUAACACUAGACUCGCAUUUAACAAGAAAAUUACGAAUUUAAUUAGUAAUAGAGGAUAUCAAAAAUUGUUCGCUGAAAAUUUUAAUUGUAUCCCAUUACGGUGGCAAAAAAUUUAUCGCUAUCAGUUAUGUAAUUUAUAAAGAUAAAGGCAAUUUGAGUUUAAUUUCCCCACAUGGAACAUGUCCGAAAUGAGCAUAAUCUUCAUGAAUGCAUAAUAUCUCGAUAUACAUCAUCCUUUUGAUGGUUAGUUUGGAAAGCUUCCUAUAAUGAGAUUCUUUUUGUUUCUGUCUGUUCUGUCUUUGUAUUACGGUGAAAAAAAUAUUCUUUAAAAUUCGUAGACUCAUUCGCAGAAACAUAGAUGUUGUAAUAGCGUAAUUCUGUAUGAAAGAAAAAUACAUUGUUUUUUAACGUUCGUAAAAAUAUUUUACGUAAGGGGUGCGUUGCUGAAUGUGUCCUGUAUAUCUGUUUUAUGUAUAAUAUUACUUUUUACAUCAAAAGAAAAAAAAUAAAUCGAAGAAAUUUAAGCAAGGUAGCACAUCAUUAAAGUUCAAGCUUUAUUUAUUAUUUGUUUCAUUGUAUCUUAACACUGCAAGGCGCUUUUUUAUCCACUGCUUUUUAAACUUCCAACGUUGCAUUAUUCACGAAGUCUGAAAAAAAAGUACGAUUAAAGUAGAAAUACGUUUAACUUCAGAUCGUAUAUGUUUUGUGAUUGUGUUAUAUAAUUUAAAAGAUAUGUACUUAAUGUGUAAUCUAGGAAGAGGCUUUUGCACUCCAAAAGUUUCCACUUUCCAUAUCAACUAUCUAACUAAUCGGUUGCUAAUGUAUUAUCAAUGGAAGAGAAGUUGUUGAUUCUUAACUCUAUCAGUUUAACUAGUGUUCUGGUUACAAAAAAAAAAAAAAAAAAGAAAAAAUGAAGAAGUAAAAGUUAAGCAAACAAGAAUUUAAUAUUUACCUGUUGAACGCAUUUAUUCCUUAAAAAUGCAUCAUUUCUAGAAUUAUACGGUUUCCAUUAAGGAUAAAUAAUCUUUCCAUAAUAAUGUUUAUUCUAACACUUUUUUGUUAUCUUAGUUGUGCAGCGGCAUAAGAACGCAAUUGCUGCGUCAACGGCAUCAUUUACAGUUAGAUAAUUAAAAUGCAAUGUAUGCGUCAGCAGCAGUGAAUAUUUUAAGUGAAAAAUAAAUAUUAUAUUACCAAUCAUCGUA